AAAAUAUACAAAGACAUAUAUUCAUACAUAGAAGCUCGCGAUGUUCAAUUUUUUAAAAUAAAAAUCAGACGUCGCUCGUCUAUAAGUUGUCUUUGGCAAAUAACAAGAUGAUAUAUGGUCGAAAUUCACGUGGGAUAGUCGAAUGAACGUUGAGAUAUGUCAGAAAAAAGGAAGGAUCUUGACGUGGCGACGUCCUGCCAAGUAGAACGUCUGCAGAAAGAGGCGCUAGAAUGCCUCGAAAAAUUCCCGAACAAGGUUAUGGACCUCAAUAAUAUUAUCGAGAUUUAUGCGCCAUCUUCUGUCAAAAAUGGAAAUUUUAAUGAUGCUGUCAAUAAAUUUCCUGGCUCUGUUUCUUCUGGCAAUGAAGUUGAAGAUGAGCUUGAUACACUGGAUGAAAUUCCCAUAAAACCAGAAAAAUCAGAAUUGGACUUGCGGUCGCUAACGAGUUAUUACACAUUAACUACCUACAAGGACCGAGGGGUAACUCUUAAUGGAGUAGGAGGGGGAGGAGUUUGCAAACGUCGUUACUACCGAGUUGGUGGGCAUCAUCGGCAUCUGCGUGAUCUUAAUCGUCGCCGGCCAGCAGCACUGGGUCAGCUGAUAGGAUUUAUCGCAAGCAAAUUAGCAGUCUGUACUAAGAAUAUUAUAAUUACGCCCUCUUCUUACGUCCUCCACCGCAUUAUCUCCGCGGUCUUUCGCAGGCGGGAAUUAAAAAACGUUCAGUGUGGACCUUGCGCCGACUGGAGCAGUUCACUUUCUGCUUGCAUAACCAAUUUUAAGGAUGAUACAACCACUGUGGGGAGAUUUAUCAGUGUCAUACGGCCUGCCGCUGUUCAACUAAUCACAGACACUACUAUCUUGAAAAGAUGGCUCCAAUCGAUUGCGGCCAAGAAUAUUACACUGAAGGAACUCAACAAUGCGACUCGUAAUACUGAGACAAUUGAUUGCUGGGCGUAUGAACUGUUUUUUCAUUUGAAACACUUGCAGAUUAAUCGCGCAAAAGAAAAAGUCCUAGAUCCUGCAAUAACGGACGACGUAACCCAUUUAAACUUAUGGCACCGCUUGGUCCAACUACGAGACAACUACAUAAUCCUCUACGAAAAUCUGUACCUGGACCCAAAAAUCCAAGAGAUCCAGCAAAAAAUUUAACAAUCAAUCUUAACAAAGCUUUAAUUUUUUUAUUUUAUUUUGAUAUAAUCUUGAUAUUUUUUACACUCUACACCCCAAUGGCUGAGAGCAAUAAAUAAUUGUUAGCAAGAACAAUAAAAU